GCGAAGAUCGACUCGAGGAAAUGUCGCAGCAGCAGAUUGUAGGAAAAUCGUGUAUGUUUGCCGAUCGAAGGGCCGGAGCAGUGCAGCUCCAUGUGCUUUCGAAGGAAUGAGAGGAGAACUGCAGAUUCAGUUAGCAAUCUCACGCGGAGAAAGAAAGUUGGGGAGCGAGGGCCCCGGGAAACAGUUGAGCCGGAGGUCCCGUGUGUGUCGAUCCCGACGGGCGUGUGCCGUUGCGGUUCAAAAUUUAAAGUCGGGAGGAGAGUGACUGGCCUCCGGGCGAAGCGAGGGGGCUGCGCGGGGCGAGGAGGGGCUCUCACGUGCCGACGAGGCAGGCACGGUGGCACCUUUCUAUCUUGUGCGCCUUCCCUUCCAUCGGAACCGGUGGUGCCACGCAAGCGUGCGCGGGGCUGACAACCGCAUCGGCGUCGAGUCUCGUUGCAAGUCGCAACUGCGUCGCGCAAUCGCUUGCUCUCUGAAUUCUUCGGCCUGGGCUGCCGAUCGAUCGGUCCGAGAAGCGGAGCACCAUGGACAAGCUGCCGAUCGAAUUGAUCCAGCGCAUCUUCACCCUUCUGGAUUAUCGACCUCUGGCAUCGGCUGCUAAAGUGUGCAGAAGCUGGAGGCGUCUGAGCGAUCAGGAAGAACUUUGGAAGAGCCUGUACAAGAAAAGAUGGGGUUCAACUAAAGCUGCCAAAGUUGGUCUUGACAUAUCUGCAUCACAAUCGUGGAAAUCAGCCUACGAAAUUCAAGACCGAUGGGAUCGAGUUGGCGAGGAAAUGACCAUCGUUCGGGAAGGAAAUGACUAUUUCCUUGCACAGAAAGGGCUUCUGCUUCGGUUUCUAGGUUCCAGGAGCAGCAAGACAAAGGAUGUGCGCCCGAAAUGUGCCACUCCGGUACCACGCCAAGACACAAAUCCUCGCAAGAGGGCCACGAAUUGCUCCGAAUCCGGAGUAAGAUCCUCGGCUCCUGGCCUUUUGGAUAAGCUUAUUCAUUUUGUAGCGGACAUGGACUACGAGCAUCGGCGUCUGAGCAAGCGUGCCCAUGUCUUAGAUCAGCCCUGAAUACAUUCUGAAUUAUCCAAAUGCCUGUCAGUGAGAGCCCAGAAGUUGUUCAUAGAGAUGAUCCACAGGAACAUCUACGUCUCAGAUUGUAAAUACGCCUUUCUGUUGUAUAGAAGAUCGACACAUCUUCAGAGAGCCAUGCAAGGCCUGCAGGCCUGCAGGCGACUCAUCAUGACCUUGUGUGUGAUAGGGACAUGUGAUAUGUAUAAUUUUUGUACUCACAGGUCGGAUUCGUGUACGAUGCCUUCGUUUGCCAAGCAGGGCAGGCCGGGCAGGUGCACGAGGCACGACGUAGGCCUGCUCGAUGUGUUGCGAGCUUUGUGUAAUACUUCACUACAAUUCUUACUUCCCUGGAACUGUUUUAUACUUUGUAACUAUAUCCCCUGUAUCCUGUCUCGUACUGUCAAUUUGCUCACGGCCCGCUUUU